GUUCGCAAUGAAAACCAAUGAAAACUUCUCGUGCACAUCUGUACUGUACUUUAUACAACAUUCCUCUAGAUUGUAGUUGAUUGUAGUUUACACGUGAAAGUGACAUAACCUCGUUUCUUGUUUGUAUAAAUGUAGAUGUUAGCAAAAUGAAAACUAAAAAUAAGAAUUUAAAAAGAAAGCAGGUCAAGUUAGAGGUUAAGGACAGCACCAUAGAAGAGGAUUCAAUUAAAUCUCAAUAUGAAGAGGAAUCGGAUUCGGGUGCUGAAGAUUUACUACAAGCAGAAGUGAAUAAUAACGAUGAAAGCACGGAUGAAGAAGUUGAUGAAAACGAGGACAUAAUCGAGUCUGACACUGAGAAAGAUCCGAUUGUCUUUGAAUCCAACAGCGAAGAAGAUGAAUUGGAAUUUGAAACAGACUCCGAUGAACUUGAUACUGACGAAGAUGAAGACCAUCUUGAAAGCGAUUCUGAAGAUCAGAACGAAGAGCAGAGUGAUGCAAGCGAUAAAUUACAAGAAAAAAGUAAAGAUUCUGUACCUAGUUCAAAAUCUAAACACGAUAAACUCAAGGUGACAUUUGUAGAAUCUUCUAAAAGUAAAAGUACAAAUAUGUCUCCUGCAUCGAAAAUUAAAACAAAUAAAACCAAUACACUAUCCAAAUCAAGGUCUUCUAAAGUUCCACAGAAAAAUAAAGUACAAAAUAAAAAAGGCUUGGAAUCUGCCAAGUUACAAAAAGAUGUAGAUAUUACAUCAUCGAAAAAAUCUAAAGAACCGAGUACAGAUACAAGUAACGACGUGCCAACCGUGAAUCCACAAUUAGACGAGUACGAAUACGACAGUUCGGAUGAAGAAGAUAUUCGUAACACAACUGGAAAUAUCCCAAUGAAAUGGUACGACGACUACGACCAUAUCGGUUACGAUUGGGAUGGUAGAAAGAUUAUAAAACCUCAGAAAGGCGAUCAGUUGGAUAACUUCUUGAAAAGAAUGGAAGAUCCUGAUUUUUGGAGAACCAUAAAGGACCCCCAAACUGGACAGGACGUCGUGUUAAGCGAAGCUGAUAUAGAAUUAAUUACAAGGAUUCAGAAACAGAAAAUUCCCGAUGCAACUUUCAACGAAUACGCUCCAUGGAUAGAAUGGUUUACUUCUGAAGUAAUGAAAAUGCCUUUACGUAAAUUUCCUGAACACAAACGAUCCUUUUUACCAUCUAAACCAGAGGCUAAAAAAGUAUCGAAGUUAGUUCACGCGCUUAAGAUGGGUUGGAUAAAGUCUACCGCUGAAAUAGAGAAGGAACGACAACAGAAAAACAACGAACCACAGUUCUACAUGUUAUGGCAGUCGGAUGAUCAAGCAGAAGAGAUGCGUAGGAUUCACAAGCACAUCCCAGCGCCUAAGAGACAUUUACCUGGACACGCGGAAAGCUACAAUCCUCCACCAGAGUACCUGUUCGACCAGAAGGAACUGAAAGAGUGGAAUAAAUUACAAACGACCCCGUGGAAACGGAAGUUACAUUUCAUUCCACAAAAGUACAACUCCCUUCGCGAGGUUCCCGCUUAUCCCAAGUAUAUUAAAGAAAGAUUCCAGAGGUGUCUGGACUUGUAUUUGUGUCCACGAGCACUGAAAAUGCGAUUAACGAUAGAACCUGAAGCACUGGUACCUCAGCUACCUAGUCCAAAAGAUUUACAACCGUUUCCCACGACUAUGUCUAUGGUCUUCAAAGGCCACAGUGAUAUGGUUAGAAGUAUCACAACGGAACCAAUGGGUCAGUACAUUGCUUCCGGUGGAGAUGACAUGGAUUUGAAGAUAUGGGAAGUAGCGACAGGCAGAUGCGUGAAAACAGUCUCCUGUGGUGGGAUAAUUAGGUCUGUGGCGUGGUGUCCAAACCAGUCUCUGUCGCUCAUAGCAGUGGCCGCCGAUAAGAAAGUCCUCUUGAUAAAUCCUGGGAUCGGAGACCACUUGAUCACCAGCAAAACGGAUCAAUUACUGGAAAUAAUACCUCAGAGCGACGUUAUAGUAAGCGACAGAGUUAAAACUGCCGUUCAGUGGGAGCAAGCUGAAGGCGAUCAUUGGUCUCAGGGCAUCAGGAUCAUUCUAAAUCACUUCAAACAAGUAAAACAAGUAACAUGGCACGGUAAAGGCGAUUACUUCGCCACUGUUAUGCCAGAUGGUCAGAAUAGAUCUGUUCUGAUAAAUCAAUUAUCGAAACGGAGGUCUCAACUUCCCUUCACUAGAUCUAAAGGCUUGAUACAAUGCGUUUUGUUCCAUCCCAUCAGGCCCUAUUUAUUUGUAGCGACGCAACGAAAUGUCCGUAUAUACGAUUUGGUGAAGCAAGAAAUGAUUAAGAAAUUGUUGUCGAAUUCGCAGUGGAUAUCGUCGAUGGCGAUACAUCCUGGAGGCGAUAACGUUUUAGUAGGCACUUACGAUCGUAAGAUGCUCUGGUUCGAUCUCGACUUGAGUACGAAACCCUAUCAAACCCUUCGUUUACAUGGCACAGGUGUACGUGGUGUUGCAUUUCAUAAACGAUAUCCUCUUUUCGCGUCUGGCGCCGAUGAUAGGGGUCUCAUCGUUUCCCAUGGAAUGGUGUACAACGAUUUACUCCAAAAUCCAUUGAUCGUGCCCCUGAAGAGAUUAUGUAAUCACGAGUCUUACAAUGAUUUUGGUAUCUUGGACGUGAUGUUCCAUCCCAUUCAACCGUGGGUGUUUUCAUCUGGUGCAGAUGCAACGAUACGAAUGUACACUUGAGUUUCACUUGGAUGUUCAGGAUAUUGUGAGGAUCUUUUAUAAAACAAUGAAAGACGAAUUCUUUA